CUUUUCAUAUUAAUGAAGAUUUUCAGAUAUUGCUAGGAGAAAUAAAAUAAGUAAAUAAAGUACUAGUGGAAAUGAAAAUGUGCAAGUCUAUUAAAAUGUCAUAAAGUGGUAAAAAAGAAGGCAUUGUUUUCAGAAACGGAAUAAAUACACAAAGUUAAUGAAAAUAUCACAAUAAGACAAAAUUUGUGAAGGCGAGAUACAGCGGAUGACUGAACUGCUUUACCAGUAGUAUAUGUAAUGCUAAUAUAGAUGUUUUUACUCUAGUUGGGCAUUAGUGCGGACACCUAAUUCACAAGCGAGAUAUAAUCAAAAUUAGAUAUUGGCCAUGCCACUUCCCAAGCGAUCUAUAGAGCCUGUGCAUGUUGCACGUUCAGUAUACCAACAGGACGAGUUGCAGUCCGUGGAGCUUGAGACCGUGACGAACACCACGUUGACAAAUAUCAUAAGACAACUGUCGUCGCUAUCGAAGCAUGCCGAGGAUGUGUUUGGUGAAUUGGCGCGAGAUGUGGGCAGUAUUGGAGAACGGGCGAACUCACUUCAGGCGCGCAUUGAUCGGCUCGCUAUUAAGGUCACCCAAUUGGACAGCACUGUAGAGGAAGUGCCGUUAACUGACAUAACGCGGAAGAAGGCGUUCAAGUCCGCCAAGGUAUUUGACCAGCAAAUAUUUUCGCGGGCCACAAUGCCAGCCCCCAUGCUGGAAACGUAUACGCAGUGCGACAAACCACCUCCGCUGGACAAAUUAAACAUAUAUCGGGACGAUGGAAAGGAUGGCCUAAAGUUCUACACAGAUCCUAAUUACUUCUUCGAAUUGUGGCGGCAAGAGAUGCUAAAGGACACGGAACGUGUGAUGCAUGACAAAGGUAAAAAGAUGCAUCGUCCACGCCCAGAUGGCGGAAGCAGUAAUGUUGGAGGACGGGGCCACAAGAAACGUGUGCGAACUCCACACAACACGCGGGAGAAGCAAAGACAGAUCGCAAUAGGACACGGCGAAACGCUGAUGCCCAACAACGUCAUCUAUCGCACGCCCAAUUCAAUGACCAACGAAGAAGCCGGAUAUUGCAAUAAACCAUAUAAUAUGCUCUCACAUUUGGAGAAUAACAGUAAUCUUAUAAAACAAACCGCCGUCGCGAUUACAGGCAUGGGAGUUUAUGACACACGUCCUCCAAGACCGAACUCGAUCGAGCUACGGCGCAGUUACCAACCGGAACAGGUGGACGGCACCAACUAUGGCUACGGAUCUGGCACUCCACAAGCAACGGCAGGCCAAUAUGCCACGGCCUAUGGCACAAAUGGAGUAGCUGGUGGACAACAGAUGCACCAGCAACCGCACCAGGGAGGAGGGCUACAGCACCACCAGCAAAUAUAUGAGGACACUUUCUAUCACCAGUCACAGGCAUUAUACGGCCAUACCGGACAAGGUCCGAUGUCGCCGGAGCCAAUCUAUGUGCCUGGCACACCUGGACGUACUAAGCCAAGGCCGUCACAGCCGCCGCCGGCUCCCCCCUCAAACGGUAGUGGUGGCGGUACUCCCAAUGCGUCUAACGGUAACACACCCACACGUGGUCGCAGUAUGUCAACUAGUCGGGAUGCCUUGCCUCCCCCACCCCCUGUGCCGGACGCAAUACCUAUGAACGGAGCUCCAAGCGGGCAUAUUACAGCAAAGCUGCUGGGCCGCGCAAAUAGCACAUCGCGAGCUGGUUCUCCACAGAUGGCACCCAGCAACAGCACUCAGGAUGCAAACGCACUCGUAAUGGCUCAGCUUAACAGCACAAUCAACAGUUUCAACCACAUUAUCGUAUCCGGGAAUCAGCUAAACUCGAUUAGCGACCUACCGCCGCCACCACCGGUGUCUGAGCAGCACUCGCCAAAAAUAUCUCCACCCAGUGCAGCGCCACCACCACCACCUCCGCCACCCCCUCUAGAUGAAAAUAACAGUGGUUCGCAACUACAGAACUCGCAUCAUAUGCGUUCAAAGGUGCUCGCAAAUAGCAACGAGCUUCAGUUGAAUCAGCUAAAUGGUGGCAUUGUCGUUGGCCCCAAUACUCAACAUAUUUUGGCCCCAAAGAAGUUGCUACCGCCUUUCCAGGAUCCUCGCAACGAUUUGAUGAAAGCUAUACGCGAUGGCAUUACUUUGCGGAAAGUCGAGAAGUCCGAACAAAAAGAGAUCGAUCGCAACACAGCUCUGCUCGAUGUAGCCUCAAUACUUGCCAGACGUGUGGCUAUUGAGCUUUCCGAGUCGGAAGACUCGGACAGCGAAGAUGACAGUGAAGGUUGGAUGGAGCCUAAUGAGGCCUCGACUUGAUCCCUUUUCGCCUCCUUCAAACAGGAAAAGGCUAUAAAUAUAAAAAAAAGAGGAGGAACUUGAAUAAAAAAAAUGGCUCCCGUGGGCUAUUUUGCAGUAAGCCUAUAUUUACUCCAAUCUUUUUUCUAAAAUUUCAUAGAAAGUAUUUAUUUGUAAAUUUGAUAUUUAAUAUGCGAUAAUACCUAUUUACAUGCGCCAAAAUAUUUUGCAUAAUUCCAUAGGAAUGGGAUAUUCGUAUUAUAAACGCUAUUAUUCUAAAAAUGAAAUAAUCAAAUGUACAUACACUUAAUCAUAUAUAAUUAUAUAACAAUUAUAUGUAUUUGUAUAAUCAAAGAAAGAAACAACUAAGUUAUGUUUUAAAAUAACCGUUUAAGAAUGAACGGCUACAUCAAGGAAUUCCAUAGGCUUAACAGAUCGAACAAUACUCUGGGUGUUCGUGGAAUUGCAUUUUGUUAUCAGAUUUCUAACAUAUUCGAAUCAUUUUUAUAUAUGACAUACGUAUGACACCGAAUACUUUAACUAAAAUAAAAUUCUUUUUGUUUUUGUCAAAUGCA